GCGCCGGCCUCCUCCUCCUCCCGCACUCGAGCAGCCGCCACCGGCCGGACGGGCGCCGCUCCUACCGCCUCCGCUCCGCCCGCUCGGCCGCGCCGCCCGCCCCUACUUGGCAUGUCGGCAGCCGUGGCGUGCGUGGAUUACUUCGCCGCCGACGUGCUCAUGGCCAUCUCCUCGGGUGCCGUGGUGCACCGCGGCCGGCCGGGCCCCGAGGGCGCGGGCCCAGCCACCGGCCUGGAUGUGCGCGCGCCGCGCCGCGAGGCCGCCCCGCCCGGACCCACUGGGCCGCCGCCUCCGGCCCCUGUCCUAGGCCCAGGCCCCGGCGCCGCCGCCGCCGCACCCCACCUGCUGGCCGCCAGCAUCCUGGCCGACCUGCGCGGUGGGCCCAGUGUCGCUCCGGGGGGCGCCUCGCCCGCCUCCUCUUCUUCGGCCGCCUCGUCCCCGUCCUCUGGCCGCGCCCCCGGCGCCGCGCCCGCCGCCGCCAAGAGCCACCGCUGUCCCUUCCCGGGCUGCGCUAAGGCGUACUACAAGUCCUCCCACCUCAAGUCGCACCUGCGGACGCACACAGGUGAGCGCCCCUUCGCUUGCGACUGGCCGGGAUGCGACAAGAAGUUCGCACGCUCUGACGAGCUGGCCCGCCACCACCGGACGCACACCGGCGAGAAGCGCUUCCCCUGCCCGCUCUGCUCCAAGCGCUUCACCCGCAGCGACCACCUGACCAAGCACGCGCGCCGCCACCCCGGCUUCCGCCCGGAACUUCUCCGGCGCCAGGGCACCCGCAGCACCUCGCCCAGCGACUCGCUGCCCUGCAGCCUGGCAGGCAGCCCCGCACCCAGCCCAGUGCCCAGCCCGGCCCCAGUCGGCCUGUAGAGCCCUGUUCCAGCCGCCCUGAGUGCACCCCCGCUGUGCCUGGGCAUGGAGCACCAGCAACCCGCCUGCUGUCCCGGGCCCUGGUGGGGCUCGGAUUGACUGCCAGACCGGCCCUUUUCAGUGUCCCCUUGAGGGCCCCCCCGAAGGCCCCCCCGAGUUGCCCCUGCCCCCUCGAGAAAACCAGGAGGGGGCCUGAGACUGGACCGGGGUCAUCUGGGUCUUGGAGGUUGCUCUCCGGGAGGAGCAUGGCCCCGUGUCUGUAUAUAGCCAUGAUGUUAACUCUGUUCCCAGCUGUUGAACAGGGACCCUAGGUGGGGAGCCAGAAGGCAUCCCUUCUCCCUUGCCACCUCCCUGCUUUGGGUGGCAUGUGGGCCUUGGGGGGAGGUGCCCCAGGAAAGGCACCCCCUAACCAGCGUUCAGACCUGGCCCCCAGGCCCCUCUCUCAAGGUUGGGAUGAAGUGCAGAGCCAUAGGUGAACUAGGGGUUACCGUGUGGGCUGCCUCUUGUCCCCCCAUACCCUGCCCCGGGAGCCCUUCACCCCAUCGAAAGCCAUUGGAGACGUUCAGGGAAACGGUGCGGCCUGGCCGCCCCAUUCGGGUACUCAAUCUCAGGUGUCCACAGGCUCUGGCCCACUGCCCGAGGGAGGGGCCCCUCAGUUCCCUAGCCUCCCGGGUGGGGUGGGGGUGGGGAAGUGGUAGGGUCUCUACAAGGGGUCCUGAUUUGCUUCUGAGACUUGGGGUAGGGAGGAAGAAAAAUGGGGGUUCUUCCAAAGAGCAGUUAGACUCACUUGUGGGGGGUGGAUAUCACGGGAUGUGAGUAAAUGCAGGCUUAUUUAUUGUCCUCUGUCUGCUGGAGUGGGGGCUGCACUGCCCCUCGCUGGGUGGGUGUGCGAGUGUGUGAGUGAGAGACUGGGAGAAGCUGGCGCCAUUGCCGGCCUCCCUCCUGCAAGGGGAAGAGUCCCCGACACUGGCCUUGAGCAGCAUCAUGUGACAAUCAGUCCCUCCUGUUUGGACCAGAACAGCCUUUGGGCCAAAUGGACCCCUUCCCAGCACCUGGAUGGGGGCAAAGAGGCCCUGGGCCCUGGCUCCAUCCUGCCCCCCUGGUGGUGAUGGCAGGGUGGCCCCUGGACCCGUGGUUGAGGUUCCACCCGCGGGGGCGGGAAGUAUAGCUCGAUUUUUUUUGGACCGGGUAGAAUAUUUUUUCAGUCUCCAAUCCUUUCCUUGAUCUGGGCCCCUGUGGGUGGUCUGUUGUCCUCAGGGGUUGUGGGUGUGGGGGGAGGAUCUUCAUAGUCUGAACUUAGGAUAGGGGAGGGAUAAAUGCCACAUCCCCUCCUGGGGUUCUCCCACUGUGGCUGAGGUUGGAUUUCAUUUUGGACGGAGACUGACGACCCUGGCCUUGGAAUGGGAAGGGACCCAGGCUCCCUGUCCUUGACCGUGAAAAGGUCUAUUCCAUAGCCUUUGGGUGCAGAUCUGUGGCACCCUCCCAACCUGUUCCAGAAAUUUCCUGUCUCCCAGUAGGGGGCUGGGGCGUUUGGAUGGCACUAGUGUGGACCCGAACCGGCCCUGGCAGGAUCCAGGGGCAGCGCCUAGGGUCCCGGGGGAGGAGGGCUGCGCCAGGGUGAGAUGCCUUAGCCUGGGGUAGGGAGGGAAGGGGGAGGGGUGGGGCGGGCCUAACUUUGUUUCCCUUUGUGUCCGUCUGGAUGCCCCCUCCCCAUAUUGUCCCAGCGCUGGCCGGUGCUUGUCCACAGGAAGUGGACUGUGGUCUGAGGACCCAGGGAGCUGAGAACUCGCCCCUCCGCCCCUCCCCAGUGUCCGGGGGCCUGAAGGGACCGGUGGUCACCCGGACCUGGUUCCAGCCAUUUAACUGUGGCCUCUAGAGGUGGGUGGAGGGGGAGGGCCCCAAGGGACUUUGCUUUCGGGUGAUUCCCUCCCCCCUGUCCUGCCUGGCCUCAUCCUGGUAUUUAAUUAAACAAGUCUUUUUUAAACCCGA